AGCAGGCUCGCCGAUGACUUCAUGACUCCCUUCGGACGCCUCGCUCGAAGGAUAGGUGUGUGCCUGUUGGGGUUACGUUCGCGGUCGGUUCUCGAUUGAAACAAAGUCGCGUGGACACAUUCCGGAUUUCGUACGAUGGAGCCGUACGACGUGAUCGUCAAUCAGCCGGUGGUAAUCGACAACGGAUCCGGCGUGAUCAAGGCGGGAUUCGCGGGCGACCAGAUACCUAAAUGCAGAUUUCCGAAUUACAUUGGCAGGCCGAAACAUGUACGUGUUAUGGCGGGUGCUUUGGAAGGAGAUCUGUUCGUGGGUCCAAUAGCGGAGGAGCAUCGUGGCCUUUUAUCUCUUCGGUAUCCAAUGGAACACGGCGUGGUCACAGACUGGAACGACAUGGAGCGAAUCUGGUCUUACGUUUACAGUAAAGAUCAGUUAGCUACGUUCAGUGAGGAGCAUCCGGUCUUGCUUACCGAGGCACCUCUAAACCCCAGGAAGAAUCGCGAGAAGGCAGCCGAGAUAUUUUUCGAAACGUUUAAUGUCCCAGCUUUAUUUGUUUCCAUGCAAGCUGUACUUAGCUUAUACGCGACAGGCAGAACCACGGGAGUAGUUCUGGAUGCUGGCGACGGUGUUACGCACGCUGUGCCUAUCUACGAAGGUUUCGCUAUGCCUCACAGUAUAAUGCGAGUUGAUAUAGCAGGACGUGACGUUACGAGGCACCUUAGGCUACUUUUACGCAAGGAGGGCAUUAAUUUCAAGACCACGGCGGAGUUCGAAAUUGUCAGAAUAAUUAAAGAGCGAGCGUGCUACCUCGCCAGCAAUCCCCAAAAAGAAGAAACAAUAGAGACGGAGAAGUUUCAGUAUGUGUUACCUGACGGCAGUCACUUGGAGAUUGGCCCGGCACGAUUUAGAGCUCCCGAAGUGCUGUUUAGACCAGAUCUGAUAGGCGAGGAAUGCGAAGGCCUUCAUGAAGUAUUAACGUAUUCCAUUCAGAAGUCCGAUUUGGAUUUGAGAAAGGUUCUGUUCCAAAAUAUCGUAUUGUCGGGAGGAUCGACAUUAUUCCGCGGUUUCGGUGACAGAUUGUUAUCGGAGAUUCGUAGGAUGUCGCCAAAGGACAUUAAAAUAAGGAUAUCCGCGCCUCAGGAACGAUUAUACAGCACUUGGAUCGGGGGUUCCAUUUUGGCUUCUUUAGACACCUUCAAGAAGAUGUGGGUGAGCAAAAAAGAAUUCGACGAGGACGGUAUACGGGCUAUUCAUCGUAAAACAUUUUGAACUUAAUUUAGAGAAGCUUUCGAGAAAAUGUUAUAUAUCGAGUAAUUUUAUUAUAAUACGAAAUGAUGGCACACACACUCGGCACGAUAACAAAAUGUAUCGCAGCAAGCAUAAUCCAUAAUUGUUUUGGAUAGUAACUCGUAAUAAUUUUUAUCAUUAUUUCAGGGAGUCAUUACUUAGGCAUUUCCAUUCGUAUAUCUUUUAAGACUCGCGAUGUCGUGCAAAAAUCGAUUUCGAUUUAAUUUGACUUUAUUUUGAUAGGUAUAUAGGUAUGGUUGUGUUAAUUAUUCAAUUAGAUACAUGAAUUUCGCAAAGACUGUACGACAUGAAAGGUAAAAAGAAAGCUAGCGCGUCUCAAGAUACUUAAAAAAAAAGUGUAAAUAACGUUUUUUUUUCCCCGAAAUCAAAUGAAUCGAAUUAAGGCUAAACGUAAAAUUUCAAAUUGUUUUUAGAACUUAUUUAUUUAUAAUUUAUAUAUAUAUUUAUGCUGUGCGCCCAGUCCUGUUUCGUGUAUUACAGCGAGAAUACACGAUUUUCAUUUAUCAAGGGAAAGCGCUCUCUUGCGUCAUCAAUAUAGCGAAACGAAAUAUCCUGUAAUUUCUAUGUGCAGCAACAUUUAUGCAAAAACAUUUGUAAAUAUGUACGCUUUCGUAAAGGUACAUUUCUAUAGUCUACACACCAUACACACACACACACUCACACAAAUGCAUGUGAUUAAAAUAUGAAUUUUUACAACUGUAUUGUAAACGUCGCGAUGUAUAGCUUAAACAAUUGAUUCCAACAUUACUUUGUAACACGCAUGAGAGCUAUUGAUUUUUAAAUGUAUAUUAAAUGCUGAAGGAGAACGCAAUCUUUGAUAUCUUUUAUUUUACACAGUGUGCUUUAGCUGUGAUAAGAAUAGGAAAUUCAGUUUUCAACGGAAAGUUUAAAUCGACAUUCUUAUCGCUACGUAACAGAAGAGGGAUCAUAUUUGAAAAUGACGAGCAAUAAUUUAAUCGGGAUGGAAUUCAAUUAUCAUGUAAUAUCUGUUAGAAUUGUACGUUAUAAUACGUAUGCCUGCACUGUUUGGAGAGGAAGAAUAUUCAGAAACCUAUUGUUGACAAUUUAACGCCGCACAUGUAAUGGAAAAAAAAAAUACUCAAAAAUACGAGAUGCUGCACGAGAGGCAGAGGUAUUGGAUUUUAGAAAAUGCGCCUGAAUCAACAUAUAUUAUUUAAAAAAGACAACCUGCAAAGGCAUCUAUAUCAUAGCUAGUGUAACGAGUGUUUAUACCAUUUUUAAUUAUUUAACAAAUGUAUUUUUGUUUAAAUAAACAACUGUACGAUACA